AUGACGUUGGUUUUCGCCGGUGUCGACUUCGGCGAUUCCAUCGGCGACGACCUACGCCAACCGGCGACAGUGGCAAACGCGGACCGUUUUUUGUUGUUGUUGAGACAUAAACGCAAUGGAAAAAGCCUAAAUGAUCCAGACAAUUGCCUUAAACCUGCACCUUUUGCUGUACUGACAGGGGACGGAUUGGACAACAGUUUAGCAUCACCGAGCACGGGAGAUGACGAUGACCCGGACAAGGAAAAAAAACGGCAGAAAAAACGAGGCAUCUUCCCAAAAGUAGCAACAAACAUCAUGCGGGCCUGGUUGUUCCAACACCUGACACAUCCGUACCCUUCAGAAGAGCAGAAGAAGCAACUGGCUCAAGAUACGGGAUUAACUAUUCUGCAAGUCAACAACUGGUUUAUAAAUGCCAGAAGAAGGAUAGUCCAACCCAUGAUAGACCAAUCUAAUCGAGCAGUGAGUCAAGGUGCCCCUUACAACCCCGAGGGCCAGCCGAUGGGAGGUUUCGUGAUGGACAGCCCGCAACAUAUGGGGAUCAGGCCACCCGGACCAAUGAGUGGAAUAGGCAUGAAUGUAGGGAUGGAGGGCCAGUGGCACUACAUGUAACGACCUAAUUAACAAGUCGCAAAAGCAAGGGGGAAGUAAGUACAAUGGGGUCUUUGCCUCAACAUCUUGUUUCAGCA